GAUGGACCUACCGAAAACUAUUUUAUUGCGCAUGUUCCUCCUAAAUUCUACCACUAUGAAUGAAGACUUUUUGAAUAUCCAAUCUAACUCGAGCCGGUUCGUCUCUGGCUGUGGAUUCGGGGCUGAAAGCGAAUUGCUUAAGGAUGCAGUUUCAAUUGUUUGAGGUGACAGCAAGGCAAGUGUGAUUGAUUUCUUUGGAAUCAGGAGACAGCAGUGCUCUCUGCUAGUUGCCUCCCGGUGCCUCAAGGUGUCUUAGUCAGCGUUUAUCUGUGUCAGUUAAUAGCCCACAUACAGUGUGGCACAGUUUCUUGAUUUCAUCCUAAUGCGUGCAUACAGCUGCGUCCACCUUAGGGACCCCUGUAGUAGGUAGCUGCAACUUAUGAAUAUUGCUGUUAUUCAAGUAUCAAUACAAUAAUUACAGGGAAAAAAGAUAAGAUAUGCCUUUAUUCGUCCCUCAGUGGGGAAAUUUGCAUUAAAAAAAGCAUUUUUAUUUAAAAAAAAAUGUCAGAGAACAUGUCAACAUUGUGGCCAUACAUUGAUUUCAUACAGCCAAGUGAAAGCUACAUUACAGGAACCAGGUGGCACUUUUAAAAGACACCCUUCACAGUCCAGGGAUAUGCUGUAUAUCAUAAAAAUUGAAAGAUGCCCGGUGAGGUACUUUAUAGUUAACCAUGCAUUUUUGGGUCUUUUUAACCUGAGUAGUUAGCAGUUAAAGUGAUAGAGCCUACGUCAGCCCGCCGCUAGAGAGAGAGCACUGCUUGUCUGAGGGUGGAGCUGUCUCCUCUACUGUCCCCUCCUUUUCACCUUCCAUGUGUUUUGCUGCAUGCAAUGGUUGUUAUUUCUAGCAUCUAACUCUUAAAUGCAUAAAGAAGUGAGGUGUUCUUACAUGCAUUCAUUGAUACCAGCGGCAUCGUUGUCUGACUUUGAGGAUUUUGAGUUUAUACUCGCAGUAGCUCUUCGGUCCUUGAUUCACUGCCGUGCCAGCGCCAUUGUUUCAUCUAAAUUAUGCAUGUCUCAUCUUUUUUUUUUUUUUUUUCAUAUGUAAUGGCCCCGCAUUGCAUAGCACUUUUUUCAUUUUUGGAGCUGUCAGUUUAUUGUGGUUACAAUGCUGUGUAACAGCAGUGUCACUGUCAUUUAAGGCAACAUCCCCUCACUCUUCUUCGCUCUCCCCUUCUCCUGCCAGCUCAUUGCCAUGCAUACGUUCUCGCAGGCAAGUGACCUUCACAAUACUCCUCAUCUACUUUCCUCUUCUCUUGCCUGUACCCACACAUCAGCAGCCAGUGUCAUAAAAAUGCACUUUCUUUGGUAUAAGUUGAUUUAUUCAGACACACUUGCCCCCACCCCUUUAAAAGCCCUCCUUGAGUCGACUAUGGCAUAUUAAAGAGCGUGUAAGAGGGAGUGCCAAAAUGUGGGAACGUAAUAGAUAGACAGAUAUUGCGUGUACCAACAUGCAUCAAUGUACAUUUACAGCGAGGCUUGUGAAUACUGCAGCCUCAGCUGGAUGCAGUCCCAUCGGCUGCUUCCAUCCAACCCCAUCUUGUUUCUCCUCCGUCAGAGCCCCCUCCCUCUCUUACCCCCACCCUCUUGUACUGUCCCCUCCUCUGCCUCUUGCCCCCUCUUUCUCUCUCUCCCUCUCUCUCCCUGUGCACCUCUUGCUUCACUAGCAGUACUCUUGAGCAUCCUUGCCGCUGCUAUAAAUAUCUGCUGGUAGCCGUAGAGCGGCGGCAGCAGCAGCAGCAGGCAGGCCAGAGGGAGGUCUAGGAGACCUGGGCUAGAGGACACUAGUAUAGGACAGGACUGCACGAGUGGAGCGGAUAGGAUGGCAAGAUAACAAGCAGGUGCUGCUGAAGAUGUAGAUGAUUAGUUUCAAGUGUUGUUUUCGAGUGAUCUUGUGGUAAACCUGACAGUCAGACUGUCCUGGACCAUAUUCAAACUGGACUGCCACUGGUCUGUGCUGGAGUACCAUUAAGAAUGGAUCUCUACUUUGCCUGGCUUCUAAACGCCAGGAUUUGCAUGCCCCGGACUUGAAACCAAUCUCAACCCAGGCUGCCGAUCGUUCAGUUUUGUAGAGACAUGCAGGCCGGCAUGGGCCGGGGCGGGGCUGAGAUGUCAUGCUCCUGUGUUGCUGGUGGUGCCUGAGGUCUGAAGCGGUGGAGCUGGACAGCCGAAGGGUGGACCACCGCGUGCUGAACUGUGAGGCCAGUGCCUCCGCCACCAUCCCGGCGGUUUCUCUUGACCAGUGGGAGCAGGAAACGGCCAACGCUGCCUCGCAGCCCCCUCAGAGUGUGAAGAAUUCGACCUAUAGCCUACCAUCCUACCACUCCUACAGUAACAGCUAUGACUACUCAGAGCAGAGUAGGCAAAGUGAGCGUCCGGGCCUGUGUGGACUGUCGAACCUGGGAAAUACCUGCUUCAUGAACUCUGCCGUGCAGUGUUUAAGUAAUAUCCCUCCCCUCACGGACUACUUCCUCAAAGACAAGUACACCAGUGAGCUGAAUGCAGACAACCCACUGGGCAUGAAGGGAGAGAUUGCCAAAGCCUAUGCUGAGCUUAUCAAGCAGCUGUGGUCCUGCAAGUGCAGCUACGUUACCCCAAGGCCUUUCAAGACACAGGUGGGCCGCUUCGCCCCUCAAUUCUCAGGCUACCAGCAGCAAGACUCUCAUGAACUGCUGGCUUUUCUUCUGGAUGGUCUUCACGAGGACUUGAACCGGAUUAGGAAGAAGCCUUACAUACAGCUAAAAGAUGCCAACGGCCGGCCUGAUAAGGUGGUGGCAGAGGAAGCUUGGGAGAACCACAUUAAGAGGAACGACUCCAUAAUUGUGGACAUCUUUCAUGGUCUGUUUAAGUCCACCUUGGUGUGUCCUGUGUGCGCCAAGGUCUCGGUGACUUUUGAUCCUUUCUGCUACUUGACACUGCCUUUGCCCAUGAAGAAGGAGCGCACACUGGAGGUUUAUCUAGUCAGGUUGGACCCCCUGGCCAAACCCACACAGUACAAACUAACCGUGCCAAAGGUGGGCUCCAUCUCUGACCUGUGUACCUCCCUCUCCAUCCUGUCCGGGCUUCCUGCUGAGAAGAUGAUUGUAACAGACAUCUACAGCCACCGUUUUCAUCGGAUCUUCGCCACCAAUGACAAUCUCAGCAGCAUCAUGGAGAGAGAUGACAUCUACGUCUUUGAGUUAGCGGUGAAUCGGGUGGAGGACACGGACCACGUCGUCAUCCCUGUGCACCUGAGGGAAAAGUAUAAACAGUCGGGAUACAACCACACCAGCACGCCGCUGUUCGGAUUGCCUUUCCUCAUCGCCGUUCCCAGGACGCUCAGCGAGGACAAACUCUACAACAUGCUGCUAAUUCGCCUAUGCCGAUUUGUGAGAUCGUCUGUCGAGGAAGAUGAAGAUGACUGCGAAGAGAGUCAGUCCACCAAACCACACACUGUCAAUGGCAACACUACUAAUGGCCUCCUGGAGGAGGGGUCGCCAAGUGAGAUGGAGACUGACGAGCAGGACGAUGAGUCCAGUCAGGAUCAAGAGCUCCCCUCGGAGAACGACAACAGUCAGUCAGAGGACUCUGUGGGCGGAGAUAACGAGCUGGAGAACGGCAUGGUCGCCCCGCAGAACUCCACCAAAGGCCAGCAGACCACCACCGGGCACAACAGAAAGAGACUUUUCACAUUCCAGCUGAACAACAUGGGAAAGACGGACUUCUCCCUCAUCACGGACGACACACGGCAGAUCCGCUUUGAUGAGGGACACUUGCGGCUCAGUGAUCGUUCUUAUCUUUCUUUGGACUGGGAGCCCGAGAUGAAGAAGAAGUACUUUGACGACACAGUUGUUGAGGACUUUGACAAGCAUGAGAGCAUGGACUACAAGCCUCAGAAGAAAGCCUUCUUCAAGCUGAAAGACUGCAUUGAACUGUUCACUACAAAGGAGAAACUGGGAGCCGAGGACCCUUGGUACUGUCCAAACUGUAAGCAGCACCAACAGGCCACCAAGAAACUGGACCUUUGGUCUUUGCCGCCGGUGCUGGUGGUCCACCUGAAGAGAUUCUCCUACAGCCGCUACAUGAGGGAUAAACUCGACUCCCUCGUUGACUUCCCACUAAGCAAUCUGGACAUGUCGGAGUUUCUGAUCAACCCCAACAGCGGACCGUGUCUUUACGACCUGAUCGCUGUGUCCAACCACUAUGGCGGCAUGGGGGGAGGCCACUAUACUGCUUACGCUAAGAACACAGAUGACGGAAAGUGGUACAACUUUGAUGACAGCAGCGUGUCGCCUGCCAGUGAAGAUCAAAUAGUGUCCAAAGCGGGCUACGUACUCUUCUACCAGCGCCAGGACACGGUAAAAGGCACGGGAUACUUUGCGCUCGACUGUGAGAAAGAGGAGGAUAACGAGGAGGAGGAAGAGGAAGAAGAAGAAGCAGACGACGACGAUGAGGAGGAGGAAAACGAAGAGCGACGAAGCGCCUGCUCUUCUUCUCCUGCCGGCGCUCCCGCCGCCACCGCCGCACAAAGCGAAGACCCGAAUGAGAACAAGUGCAGGAAGAAUGACAAUGAGCCAGAACAGGAAGAGGAGGAGGUGCCCAGUCGAGAUGUCACCAUGAGCGCCAACUGACAGAAGCGAGGGCAUAAACAAUCAGAGCGAGAAAGAGGGAUCUUUCCAUCCAAAGCCAUAUGGACACACAGCAUGGCAAGCGGGCGCCAACAGACCCAGCCGGGUGGUUCGGACCUAACCGGUGUCAAUGUGGGCGUGGCAUUAGUGGUACGUGGAGAAUUCAGGGCCCUCCCCCUGUGGCUGAAUCACUGUUUGUGUGUGCGUGCGUGUAUUACCAGUUACAUUUUUGUUUCUAAAGGAAACUUUAGGAAGGCUUUGAUUCUGAGGCUACAUCAGAGCAGUUUGCGUUGUGAGUCUUUUAUAUCUCUGAGAGAAAGUUAUCAUUUUAGUAUCUUUGAGUUUGUACAUAUUUUAAACACUGAACAGUAUGUGCGCUGACGCAUUUUGAACCGCACAAUCACCGACUUAUCCACGUUUUGCUUUUGUUGUUAUUGCCACACACUGCAGUCUAGCUCAGAGAUGAAUGUGAUGUGACUUUCUCUGAUGAACAACACAAAGUGUAGGAAGCUGCCUUCAUCGAUGCAGGCCACGCGCAACUUCAACUUGGAUGCCAGAUUUUCUAUUGCUUUUUUUUUUUUUUUUAAAGUAUGAAAUGCCAAACUUUUAGAGCUUUGCUCCUCUUGCUGUGACCUUGUUUGCGUAAGCUUCCAUGAGCUCACGGCCAGCCGUCUAUGGCGCCCUCUGUUGGCCAUCUGCACUCCCAAACGCAAAUAAACAGCAUGGAGGGAGGCUUCCAGCUACACUACCUUUUUGAAACCGAGAGUGAGAGUUAGUUGCUGUGUCAGAAAUACACGGAAUUGAGUCGAAAUGGUGUCUUAAAUCAACUUCGUGUGCAGUGAAUUCCACAGCCUGCGUCCCAACCUCGAAGGUGUGGUUUCUCUGAUGUCACAUCUUGUCCGGAUCACCUCAGCCUUAACUCUUCAUCUUUUUUCUCUCUCUUGCAUGACCCCUUCCAACACACUUGAAUGUUCAUAAUAAUCUGGAAGCUAUGCUUGUCAUAUCACAGCCACAUAAUCUCCCCUUUUCUUGUAAUGUGCAGGAGGGCCAGAAUGUAUGCGCGGUGAGCACUGACCAGAUGUAUGUGAUUGAUGCCUUUUUUUUUUUUUAAUUCUUAAUCGCGCCACCCUUGUUUUGCUUUCUCCGGAUGGUUGAAUGUGAUGCUGAUGGCUUCUCUCGCCUUUUGACUCUAGCUGGAUGCUGAAUGCUUGUGCUCCGAGGAUGGGGGGUUACGGCUAGGGGUGACUCCACCUUAAAAAGAAAACAUAAAAAGCCUUUUCAACACAUGGGAUUGUGAUCAAGUGGCAGAUUGUUGCAGGAUAUUCCUCCAUCAGUGAUGCAUUUAUUCUCCAUGGUGGAGUGAGGCUCUUUUCGAUGUGUGCAACAUGCCGCAUCUCCAAGGCAUCUCCGUGCUUUGCCUCACUUUUUUUGGCGGAUUCACCCCCUCCCACACCUGAAUGAGUGAGAUAUGACUGCUAUAAUAGACCUAUACCGUACUGUAUAUAAGAGUUCACUCUGUGAGUGCACAUUUGAUAAAUUUUAUUUAUUUAUAUGUAAGCAUUUAAUAAGGAAACAAUAUAUUUACAACCUUGACAAGAGUGGGAUUAUUAGGAAUGGAAAGGGUGGGGGUGACCUCGUGAAUAUUAGUUAGAAAAGCCUGUUCUUGUCAGGGAGGGAAUAUCUUUUUUUUUUUUUUUUUUUUUUUUAAAAUAAAGGAUGUUGUUUUGGGGACUUUUUUGUACAAAAAAAAUCCAGGCAUCCUUGCAUGAUAGGGGUUUCCAGGUUUUGGCUGCACUUGAGUUCACUUGGGUUUACAUUUGAAAUGUGCAUGUGUAUUUAUACACAAUCUUCAAUAAAGUUGUGUCAAGCUUU